AAUAAAAAUGAUUCGUGGCUUUGUUUUACUUAUUUUAUUUAUUUACUUAUUUUCAAACUUACUAUACGAUAUACAAACAGCAUCUCCGAAGUCUAAAGACGAAAUAAGAAGACUAAUUAAACAAUGUAACAAGGAUAAGAGAGGGAAUGCACGCUUCUGCAAAAUGUCCGUUUGUGAGUCAUCUGAUAGAUUUGCUGAAUAUGGUUGUGUGUCUCCUUGUCAGUCUUGUUGGAUCAAGGAUAUCAACCAAACGAAAUGUACACGAAAAUCUUACGAGAAGAGGUGCAAAACAGGAUGUGCAUGUCCUGAUGAAUAUUGUUUUAAUUGGUUAUAUUCACGAUGUGAACCUAGGGUCAACUUUACGGGUAUAAGAAAUAAAUAAAUGCACAAAAAGUUCAUGAAUAAUUUUUCGU